AUGGUUUGCUUUGACUGCAGUUUGUUAUCCCACCCGUUCAGCAAGACUGGCGUUUACCAAUCGCCGAGCGGAAUUGUGAUAUUCAGCACAACAGAACCCAAAGACGGGCAGAGUGGUCUGGGUGAUCAAGCGGAACUGAAGGCCAUACAUCUGUCACAUCGACCGGGCCUUGAUCCCAAUCUCAGCCCUCCAAUCAAGCUCUACACCGUCGACGCCGAAGUUCCAGCUGCCAUGGCGUCUUACAAGUGGGUUCAGGAGGCCUACCGGAGGAUUUUCCAGACGAUUGGGAUCCCGUUCACCGUUGCCAAAGCUGAUAUUGAAGCUAUCGGCAGUGCGACGUCCCACAAAGUAACAUUACCAGUUGUUGUGUGA